AUGUCUCAGGCACAGAAGCAGCUUGCGCUCGGCGGAGAGCGUGUCUCUGGCGCUGAAGUUCGCUCCCAGAACGUGAUGGCGGCCGUUGCCGUUGCAAACGUCGUCAAGAGCUCCCUUGGCCCCGUUGGCCUUGACAAGAUGCUCGUCGACGAUGUCGGCGAUGUCACAGUUACAAACGAUGGUGCCACCAUCCUGCAGCUGCUCGAGGUGGAGCACCCUGCAGGCAAGGUUCUCGUUGAGCUUGCCGAUCUCCAGGACCAGGAGGUUGGUGAUGGCACGACCAGUGUCGUGAUUGUUGCGGCAGAGCUUCUCAAGUCUGCAGAGAAGCUUGUGAAGAACAACGUGCACCCCACGUCCAUCAUCGCUGGUUACCGUCUUGCCUGCAAGGAGGCCGUCAAGUUCAUCCAGGACACCAUGAGCGUGCCCACUGCGGAUCUUGGCCGCGAGGCGCUCAUCAACGCCGCUAAGACCUCCAUGUCCAGCAAGAUCAUCGGCUCCGAGUCGGACUUUUUCGCCUCGCUCGUCGUCGACGCCAUGAACGCCGUCAAGCGCGUCAACUCAAAGGGCAAGGCCAAGUACAACGUGAAGAACGUGAACGUGCUCAAGGCCCACGGCGGCCGCGCAAAGGAGAGCCGCCUGAUUGACGGGUACGCCCUCAACUGCACCAUUGGCUCCCAGGCCAUGCCCAAGCACGUGGCCAACGCCAAGAUUGCCUGCCUGGACAUGAACCUCCACAAGGCCCGCAUGAAGCUCGGCGUGAACGUUGUUGUGUCGGAUCCCGAGAAGCUGGACGCCAUCCGGCAGCGCGAGGCCGACAUCACAAAAGAGAGGAUAGGGAAGAUUCUCGCAACAGGCGCAAACGUCAUCCUCACCUCCCAGGGCAUUGACGACCUGUGCCUCAAGUACUUUGUUGAGGCCGGCGUGAUGGCUGUUCGCCGUGUGGCCAAGGACGACCUGAAGCGCAUUGCCCGCAUGACGGGCGCCACCAUUGUCAUGUCCAUGGCAAACCUCGAGGGCGACGAGACGUACGACGCCUCCAACCUGGGCCAGGCCGAGGCCGUCACCCAGGAGCGCGUCUCCGAUGACGAGCUCAUCAUUGUGCACAAGCCAAAGGCCAAGUCCUCCUCCUCCAUCAUCCUCCGCGGCGCCAACACCUUCAUGCUCGACGAGAUGGAGCGUGCGGUGCACGAUGCACUGUGCGUUGUGAAGCGCGUGCUCGAGUCGAAGACGCUGGUCCCCGGCGGCGGCGCCGUCGAGACUGCCCUCUCCGUCUACCUCGAGAACUUUGCCACCUCCCUUAGCUCGCGGGAGCAGCUUGCCAUUGCUGAGUUUGCGCACGCGAUGCUUGUGAUUCCCAAGACGCUUGCUGUCAACGCGGCCUGCGACGCAACAGAGCUUGUCGCCCGCAUGCGCGCCUUCCACAACGCAUCCCAGAUUGACCAGAGCAAGGAGGCCCACAAGUGGUGCGGGAUUGGGCUUGACCUGACUGGCAACGGGGUGCGCGACAACCUCAAGGCCGGCGUUGUUGAGCCUGCGAUGAGCAAGGUGAAGAGCCUCAAGUUUGCAACAGAGGCUGCCAUCUCCAUCCUCCGCAUCGACGACUACAUCAAGAUGACGCCCAAGCAGGAGGGCGAGGGCGGUAGCUACCACGACGCCGUUGCCAGCGGUGCCAUCCAGGGCUAG